GCCUUUCUGUUUCUUCUUCUUCUUCAUUCUCCACUCUGUCGUACUUGAAGGAAGAUAGAGAGAGGGGAAGGGAUCAUAAAAAGGCAAGCAUGGGAGAUGUGAAAGAAGACGACGAUGCGAUUCUCAAAACUUUCCUCGCCGAGGUCGGUGAAGUGGAAAGGGACAAUGAAGUCGUCAGGAUUCUCUCAUGCUUCAAGCUGAACCCAUUUGAGCAUCUUAACCUAUCUUUUGAUUCUUCCACGGAUGACGUUAAAAGGCAGUACAGAAAGAUAUCUUUGAUGGUUCACCCUGACAAAUGCAAGCAUCCACAAGCACAGGAGGCUUUUGGAGCAUUGGCAAAAGCGCAACAACUGCUGCUGAACGACCAAGAAAGAGAUUAUAUACUCACCCAAGUCCAUGCUGCGAAAGAAGAGCUUAGGAUGAAGAGAAAGAAACAGUUGAAGAAAGAUACCGCCUCUAAAAUAAAGUCCUUGGUUGAUGAGGGAAAGCAUGAACAUAUAUAUGAGCAAUCUGAAGAGUUUCAGAAAGAGCUUAAGUUAAAGGUCCGGGAGAUAUUAACAGACCAAGAGUGGCGUAGGAGAAAAAUGGCAAUGAGGAUAUCAGAAGAAGAGGGAAGACUGAAGAAGGAUGAAGAAGAACAAAAGGAGAUAAGGAAGAAGAAGCGUGAGCAUGAAGAACAGUGGGAAGGGACGAGAGAGAAAAGGGUAUCAAGCUGGAGAGACUUCAUGAAAGCAGGAAAGAAGGCCAAAAAGGGAGAGACACGUCCUCCAAAACUGAAAACAGAGGAUCCAAAUAAAUCAUACGUCCAAAGGCCGGUCAAGAAAGGCUGAUCUCCGGCCCUUUUUUGCUGUCGUUACCAACUUACUAUUGAUAGAUUGGUUUUCUCAAAUAUUAGCUCUGACUCUUUCUGCUUGUGUCUGUGUUUCUCUUUGUACAUCACAAACUCUAUUUGUUUUUUCAAAUACAUCAGAAACCUGGAAGAGAUAUAUUUCUCACUACACGCUUAUGACCAACUUUGUACUGCGUCUCUGAUCAAAUUAUGUCUUAUUUAGACUUAA